AUGAAUAGUAGAAAUCGAUUUUUCUUUGGUCGAGAUUAUAUGGAGUUCUUCUAUAAAGCAAUUAGAGUGUUUAUUUUCAAUUCUUCCAAUCGAGUGAAAGAUGUUAAAGAAGGAAUCCUUGUCGCCGGUGGUCAAGGCAAAGGAAACGAUCUAACACAAUUAUCGUUUCCGCAUGGAACUGUUGUCGAUCAAAUGGGUGCUGUCUAUGUACCAGAUGGAGGAAAUCAACAGCUCAUGCGAUGGUCUCAUGGAACUAGGCAAGGUCAUACUAUUGUUGGUAGUAACGGUCGAAGUGAACAAUCAAAUAAAUUCAACUGGUCUUUUGGUUUAUCCUUCGAUCGAUAUGGAAACGUCUAUGUGGUUGAUUUGUAUAAUCAUCGAGUUCAAAAGCUUCGAAUAGACAUAGACUCUUAA